AUGAGUGUCUUACCCAGCAUCGAUUCUCAUCUUCGUUUGGCUUUCCCAAACACCCCUCCAGAACUAUCGAGCCCCAGCGCAUCAUCUUACUCUACUAACUCAUCAUCUGCGGAUCGGCCUUGGAUCUCGCCUACGCCUACUUCGCCAUCCAUGAAGGACUAUGAUAAUAAGUCUUUGACAACAAACAUGACUGCGGACCAGAAGAUGAACGGAGAUCAGACUAGAACUGAGUCGGCCACUCAAUCCGCUCCACGACAACAGCUUCCUUCUUUAAGCAGCAUCUUUGGACCCCCAGCAACUGGUCGGCCAGCACACUCACCUCUUUCAGAACAUAACCACAACAACUCUUACUCUGCACCUGCACCUGCAGAUCGCAAGCAUGCACGAUCUGAUGACAGACACCACUCGACAUCUUACUUUCCACCGAACUUGUCACCUUCCAUAUCUCAACCUCGGAGUACUUACGACAACAAGUUCGAUGCAGACCGGCAGCCAAUUCAUGGUCCCACACGAUCUUACUCUGGUUCAGCGUCACCUAGGUUUCGUGAUGGGGAGCGCUCCCGACAGGAGUCAGUCGCUGAAGGACAGGCUGGCAGAUGGCCAACGUACCAGGAGAAUCGGCCUGAGUACUCAUUAGAAUCUCGAGAUGGAUCUUUUCGACCACCCCAGGAUCAGUUUCGACUUCACUUUCCAAGCCCCAAGGAUCGUGUAGUUCCCGCUUACAACGACCAAAGGUCUCCCCAGACAGCUACAAUUCCGCCACCAACACCAAGCACUACCGCAACUGAUGGUGUCCCUUCAAAGGACGGACUCGGUCCUAAGAUUUGGACUGGCACUCAUUUCCUGCCCCGGUUUGUGAGGGCCACCGAGGUGCCUGGAGAGGGAAUGUGUUAUUUCUACGAUGACGGCAGCCACUGCAAGACAGUGAUUGAUGGAGAGGCAGUAAACGCUCACUGGGGUGUUACCAAAGCCGGCAAGCCUAGAAAAAGACUUGCCAUCGCCUGCAUAACGUGCCGCGAGAAGAAGAUUAAAUGCGAUCCUGAUUAUCCCCGCUGCGUUCAGUGCGAGAAGUUUGGGAGAAUAUGCAAAUUCAAGAACGCACCCCGUGGAGGACACAAUACAUCACCCUCAACACCCCCGGCUGAGCUCGACGACAUCCGGACUGUAGGCGGACCAUCAAGACCCACUGAGAGCGAGAACAGUUCGCCAGUGUCGCCGCGGACCACCCUACAAGCAGCGUCGCCGGACACAGGUUCCCACAAGAGGCUUCGAGUGGGUUAUGACAACUAUGUUAACAUGGGAGAGCCAGUGCAUGCAAUGCCCCCUGUUGAAUCACCAAGACCUCAGUUGCCUAUUCAGCCUCCAACAAUCGAGCUUCCUCGAAUCUCCGAAGAUGUGCUUAACCAGGCCUGGAGAACCGACCCGUCACUGUCUGAUCCCCAGUCUAUCCGCACGGUGAUCUCUCACUUCUUUGUUCACCUUGAUAGCACUAUGAUUGUGCGCUUCAUCCCCGAGAAUGUUUUCAAGACAUGGGUUGUGAACCCUGGGCACCGCAAGUCGCCCGAGGACUUGAUGAUUCUAUACAGCAUCCUUGCUGUUGGCGUUGCCCUAUCGGGAGGGCCAAAAGCCAUUGCAUUCGAAUAUGCAUCUGUCGCACACUAUGCUCAGAAGUCUACGACAGUCAGCUGCAUCCAGCUGGUCCAGACAAGGAUCCUGCUCGCACUCUACUACAUCUCCGUCUCGCGCUCAUCUGAGGCCAGCGAAAUGAUGUCAUCAGCUAUUGCGGCGGCGUCUUGCCUCCAGCUCAACGUCGAGAUUGAAGAGUCAAGGGAGGCUGGCCUCGCUACCUACCCAUUCGGAAUGAACAAGGCAGGAUAUUGUGAGGCCCGGAGAAGGACUUUCUGGUCUCUUUACAUGCUGGAACGACUUGACGGCCGCUUCCCUGACCGCUUUGCCAUGAUAAACGCAGAGGACAUCUACACCCGUCUACCUGCAGAGUCCCAUGGUUUUGAGCGCCAGGUGGACGGACACGCUCCAAUCUUUAAUCCCUACAUUUCUGGCGUCACAAACGCACAUGACCGUGAGUUCGGGAUCUCAGCCUACUUGGUUGAGAUGGUACAUAUCUGGUCUAACGAUGUGUGCCGUAUCUACAGAACGGCUAGACGUGCGAACAUGAUGGGGGCAGACGUGGAAUCACCCCAGAGAACACUGAAGCGUAUCCAGGACUGGCGCUAUGCCUUGCCUUCUCGUCUGGCCUUCACAGCUUCGAACCUCGAGUCUGCAGCGUUGGCAGGAGAGCUUGGGCCUUUCUUGACUAUGCACCUUUUGUAUAACCAUGCCAUGAUCAAGCUCAGCCGGCAUACUCCCGCGGCAGGACGACCUUCGUCUCAGUCUGCGGGUCACCAGAUACAUACAUGCUACGAGCAUGCCAUACAGGUGUUGGAAAUGGCCAAGGCACUUGUGCGACUUCAUCGUGGGGGCCAGACUGUUCUGAGCGCCCCGGCACCUGUCCUAACCAUGGUAAUGGCCGAAGCGGUCGACGUUUAUACCUCGAGCGGUCGUCUAUCGCAUGUUGGCGACGUUAUCGAAAGCGUGCACAUACUCCAGGGUGUUAUCCAGGCUAUGCUUGCGAUCUGGGAUAACGUGCGUAGUGUACAGAAGGCGAUAGAUGGGCGCCUGGGAAUGCUGUGCCGUAUUCGAGACCGAGGCAGGCAAUCAGCCAGCCCAGUUGAAGAAUACCGCAUCUUCUACAGCUCUGAGAUAAGCGAUGAUGAGAAGAUCCUUCGCUGGCAAAUCAGCAACCCGAUGGAGAAGCUCUAUCCCAGAGACAUGGAUAUUAUUUACGCUCCGCUUGUUUGA